AUGUCUGACAUUGAAGAUAACACUGAAUCAAGCACACAUACCGAUCAAUUGAACGGGACUCCGAACUCUUCCACCAACACGGACCCUAAUUCAUCCACCACCUUGACUAAUAACCCUAGUGCUGCAUCUGCUGCGUUAAAUGCUCAAAGAGAAAGAAGAAAAAUUGAAAUAAAAUUCAUCGAGAAUAAAACAAGACGUCAUGUCACUUUCUCCAAGAGAAAACAUGGGAUCAUGAAAAAGGCUUUUGAGUUGUCAGUAUUGACUGGUACGCAAGUUCUAUUAUUGGUUGUUUCUGAAACAGGGCUGGUCUACACAUUCUCCACCCCGAAAUUCGAACCCAUUGUCACUCAACAAGAAGGUAGAAAUUUAAUCCAAGCUUGUUUGAACGCUCCAGAUGACGAUGACGACACAAACGCUGCUGCCUCAGGAGAUAUGGGCCCUGAAGACUCGAAGCAACCUCAACAGCUUACAAACGGUCAACCAGAUAACGCCAUGAUGAAGAAUGAGUAUGACCAAACAAACCAGCAGAUCCCUCAGCAACAACAGCAACAGCAACAGCAACAGCAACAACAGCAACAGAUCCCGCAACAGAUCCCUCAACAGAUUCCACAGCAAUUGCCUCAGAAUCAAAUACGAAACCAAAAUAUCCCACAACAAUCCCAAAAUUCUGCAGCAAACGCUCUCUCUCAACAGCAGAUGUAUCAACAGCAACAACAGCAACAACAGCAACAGCAAUCACAGAUGCAAAUGCAACCAGGUUCCAACUUGCCUCCUCAUUUGCAACAGCAACAACAACAACCUUUACCCCCAAUGAAUCAACAACAACAACACCCUCAACACCCUCAACAAUAUUCCUAUUUGAACCCAGAACAAAACUCCGUCUAUCAACAAUACUUCCAAGAAUCUUCCCAAGGUCAAUACUGA